UCACGCUGUCAUUAUGGUUAAACACUGUUGUUGGGGGACUUGCAGAAGCGAUUCCCGUUAUGCCGAGGGUGAGCAUAUGGAGGGGGUUUCAUGGUUUCCGUUUCCAAAACCCAUAACGCAGUUAGAAAAAUGUCAGAGAUGGGUUAAACUUUGCGGUAGGAAAAAUUUUACUGUUGCUAAUGUAAACAAGUCCACAUACAUUUGUUCGAAACAUUUCCUGUCUGGAAGACCUACUGAAGAGCACCCAGACCCGAUACCUGCUGCGGGGACAUCCUUGGACAUACUGAGGGCACAGAAACGAAAACGAAGGGUGCUUGUGAGAGUAAAUAGUGGAAAUGUCAUGGGUCCAGAGGAAAAGAAAAUAAAAAAUGAUGCAUUUUGCUUGGAUGUGGGGGCAAACAUGGAAAUUGCUGCUGAGGAAGCUGAAGAAACUGUUGUCACCUGCACCAGUGCACAUGAUGAGGAUGUUGAAUGUGUGCCUGUAAUAAAGGAAAUGAAGGACAUCCCCAAGAUUGACCAUGCUUACUGCCCAUUGACCAGCAUAACAAAUGUUUCAAGUGUCCAGUGUCAGACUGACAUUACUUUGGAGGACCUGUCCAUCUAUCAGGAUGUACACCUUAAAAACCAGGGCAGCUUAAGAAGAAGCUUAAUAGUUUCAGAUGUCCUGCAAGAUGACAACUCUUGUAAAUUUUACACAGGGCUGUCUCUUGGACUUUUCUUUUUGUUGUUUAAUUCUCUAAAAGAAAAGGCCCUAAGACUAUCAUACUGGAGGGGAAAAGAAACAAACUUGGAAAACCAUCAGGUAAGGCAAAAAGAAAAGGACCAAAAAGACACUUAA